CAGCCACUACGAUUUAUUUACCCGUUUUUGUCUUCGUCGCAAAGAAACGAGUUCGAAUUCGGGAAGAAGAGACUUAGAGACGCGAAGGCAGUCGAACGAUUUCUCUUCGAUCUCCCGCUCUCCUGUUCAUCUUGGCGAUCUGCCUCCAUGAUGCUCGCUAAGGCCAGCGCAAAUGAAGCUGGAGGCGGAAGAGAGGCGGCCGCCGGCCUCUACUGCAUCGACCGGCGCUCUCCGAUGUCCCUAAGCGGUGGUGAAGCGCCUUCAUCCGAAGACCUGGGAAAGAAGACCCGUAAGCCCUACACGAUCACAAAGUCGAGGCAGAGUUGGACCGAGCAGGAUCACGACAAGUUCCUCGAGGCCCUCCAGCUUUUUGAUCGAGAUUGGAAAAAAAUAGAAGCAUUUGUGGGGUCAAAGACAGUAAUCCAGAUUAGGAGCCAUGCACAAAAAUACUUUUUGAAGGUUCAGAAGAAUGGUACAAAUGAACAUCUGCCACCACCUCGACCCAAGCGAAAGGCGACUCAUCCAUAUCCUCAGAAAUCUUCUAAGAAUGUUUCUCAGAUACCUGAAGCCAAAAUCCGAUUCUGUGACUCAUGUCCCCUUGAAUCAGACCAUUCCUCCACAAGAGAGAGCUCAUCCAUUCGGAGGAACCACACAGAUAUGGCAUUUACUUCUUUGCCUCAAAAUACUAUGCAGCCUGCUAAUCUGACAAAAGAUGGUAUUGUAAAUGCUGGAGUUUUGCUGGAAAACAAUAGUGAUAGCAGUGUCGAGUGUUCCAGAGUUUGGUCAGCUUGUGAUAUAACUGACAAGGAAAAUUUGGUCACAUCUCUUCAUGUUAUGCCAGACUUUGCCCAGGUGUACAGCUUUCUUGGAAGUGUGUUUGAUCCUUAUACAAGUGGGCAUUUGCAAAGAUUGAAAAUGAUGGAUCCAAUUGAUGUUGAAACUAUGCUGAUCUUGAUGCAAAACUUGGCUUUCAAUUUGACUAGUCCUGAGUUUGAGGAUCUUAUAAGGCUAUUUUCAGUAUAUGGCGGUGAUAUGCAAGAAGCUGAAGCAUGACGUUGCCAACUUUUUUAACGCUAGAGAAGCAGCAAGGCCUGGUCACUAUAUCUUUAAAUUCCUAUUACUUUUUGAUUGGUAGACUAACAUGAGCAGUUGCCUUCCGCGACUGCAGAAGAGUCUCAUGCCUUCCGCAAAAAUAUAAUUUAGUUUACGUCGUAGAGAUGGGAGUUUGUACAGCAGAGUCGUCGUCUUUAAGUAUUUGGGGCUAUAUAUAAGUUUUAUCCUUUGAGAUUGGUUAAUAAAUAACCUAGAGUUCUUGAGGAUCCAUGGCCUUUGUCACGUAGCUGUAGUGUUUGUUUGUCAAGUGCCUAGUUGAAAAUUUUCUGAUGUCACUACAUUUCGUAUCAGAUCGAAUAAAUCUAUUUAAUGUAUUCUUUCA